UUUAGCUCAUGGGUUUUUCUGUACAGUUUAAUAGUUGUUAAUUUAAUAAUAUAUUACAGGUUUUUCCAGUGCUUUCUUGCUCCAGUUUUGUACUUAAUUUGAACACGCGCCUGUGAAUUUCCUGUUUUCUCUGUAAAUCAAGGAAACAAAACAGGAAUCUACUUUUGUUAACGACUACCUGCAGCUUUGACAUGAAGUGCUCAUCUGUUGCUGUAAUCCUGAUCCUCAACACCUUCUGUGCCUUCUCACAAGUUCCCCAUGACAUUACAUAUGUUAUGGGCUGCUUUGUGAAUGGCUCGGCUGAAAUAUUGUUCGAGUUUGAUGGGGAAGAGAUGUUAUAUGCCGAUUUUCCGAAAAAGGAAAUUGUGUACACUGUGCCACGUUUUAUUGACCCGGACCCAGGUCAAGUUUUGGUGGGUUUGAGCCUCCUAAAAGAUGCUUUGGACAACAAGGAAUUCUGUCUGGAAUUUACAGAACUUUAUGCUGUGGAAGAAAAACAUCCACAAGAAGAAAAAGACCCUCCUGAGGCUAUCCUCUUCCCCUCUGAAGAUGUUGAGCUGGGAGUUGAAAACACACUCAUCUGCUUAGUAAAUUAUUUCUACCCACCUUCAAUCAAAGUCAGCUGGACCAAAAAUGACCAGCCAAUUUCAGUGGGGACAUCACUCAGUCGAUAUUACCCCAAUGACGAUCAAACCUUCCGCCAGUUCUCAACUCUGACGUUCACGCCGAGCGAGGGCGACGUUUACAGCUGUACUGUGGAGCACUCAGCGCUGGAGACGCCCAGAACAAGAAUCUGGGAUGUAGAAAUCAUCAGAAGCGAUCAUCAAAAUCUAGGACCAUAUAUUUUCUGUGGAGUGGGCCUGAGUCUGGGCCUGUUGGGAUUUGCAACAGGAAUAUUUUUCAUUGUCAAAGGACACCAUCAAUAAUUGUUAUGUUGGCGAAAUCUAUUCAAACAAAAGAAGCCUACU